CCGAAAUUUUCGCGACGUGUGCCAAACCUCCAAAGGAUGCAGGACGAACGUUUUACUGUGAAGUACACGACGGUACAGACUUGCUUCGCUUAUCUGCCGGACGCGUGGUUACGCAGCUUGGCGACAAAGGCAAACGUAAUGAAGAUAUGUCACAAAGGUAUCGAUUAUUAUCUGUCCUGGCACUGGAAGCCUAGCCCGGACAAUAAUUUAAACCUUAGUGCAACUUUUGCACGAACGCUUGGUAUCAAGGAGGACGAAGAGGUUUUGGUUUCUUGUAUUCCUCAACCCGGAUCUUUGAGAAGUCUAGUGGUUACUCCGAAAAAUUCGGACGACUGGGAAAUCGUGGAUCUCCAAAGUAAUAGGAUACAAUCGACUCUGUUAGAUCAGAUCAAUAUAGUUGCCAGGAACCAGCCACUAAUUGUAUGGGUAUCUAAAUCCUUUAAUGUAACAUUACUAGUAGAAUCAUUGGAACCAAAUUUUCAAUAUGGAAAACUCGAGCAAUUCACAGAGAUCAUUGUAUCCGCGCCAAAGAGAGAGAUCACGGCAUCUUCGUCCGAGACCCAGGAUAAUCCUGCUGGCUCAAGCAGAUUUGCUUUCUGGAAUAUUCUAAGAAAUUGGCUUCCUCCUGUUGCUGAAAAGUCAGCUACAGAGAUUGCGCAAGACACUCAAAACGAGCUGAACGAAUACCGUGCUAAAUCCUCACCAGAAAUAAUGCGUGUUCUCGAAUUGCCAAAGAGCAGAGAAGAAUUGAUAAUUACUCCAUUUAAUUUGGCAUUGCUGCAGCCGUUUUGCGUAUACGUACGUAGACGAUAUCUAUCUAAAGAUCUGGCAAAGGAUGAUAUCUGCAAAAUACGAAAGGUCAAAGAGGAUCGGCAGUUCGUGAAAGUGACCAAUACGAAUUUUCUGAGGGGUGGUACAUCUGCAGUACCUAGAGAAUCUUCCGAGCUUGUAGUGAAACUGAAGAUCCUUGAAGAUCUUCUCGAGAUCUGUUCGAAGGAGACACAAAAGUUGCACUUUGCCAAUAGCUUAGUGCAUCCUAGCAUAUACAUGUCCAGAAACCUUAGACUGAACCUGGAACUAAAGCUAGGUGCUAAAGUUAUUCUAGAACCUUUGGAUGUACCUGGAACAAACGUCCCGCCUACAGGAAUUGAUAUAUUUCCUUAUGAGAAUAAUCUAGUGACUUUGGAAUCCUUUGAGUCCUAUGUACGAGCACGUUCUGGAUCCGAGGGAGUCCUGCUGAAUACCUGCUCGACAUUAAUCCUCGAGGAUCAAGACGAUCAGAAAGAAUAUCGUUGCAUCGUUCGAUUUUUACCUCAGGAUUGUCGUUACGUUCUACUUGAUGAUAUUUCCCUGAAACAUUUAACCGUGCAGGUUAAGGACGAAACAGUAAAACCGGCUAAUGAACUCAUUAACGAAUCCAGUCAGAUUGAUAAUCUUGGUCAUAACAACGUACCUUUAAAAGGCCUGGAAAUCAUCCUCAGGGAGUGUCGUAUCAGUCUAGAUCUGAGUCUAGGACUGACUCCAAUUUCAUUGGAUUUUUCCUAUGACCGUGAGAAUGUUAUAAUAUGUGGUCCAGCUGGUGUAGGUAAGACCACUCUAUGUCAGAUUCUCGGAGACGAUCUACGUGGUGCACCAAAUUUCGUGCAUACUCGGUACACCGAUUGUAAAUCAUUAAAAGGCAAAAAGGCGGAAAUGUUACAUAAGAUUAUAUUACCGGCUAUUAUUGAGUGCGCUUAUCACCAGCCCUCUAUUCUGUUUCUCGACGACCUGGACAGCAUAACCAGCACCUCCUCUAAUGAGGAAGAGAAUACACCGGACGCGAUCAAUGCUGCUAGGAUAACUGAUAUGCUUAUUAACAUAAUGAGCGAGUACCAGAGGUCGUACUACAUAUCCGUUGUAGCGACUUGUACCGAUCUGAACAAAGUAAAUCAGAGAUUGCGUGCACCGCGAGGUGUCCAUUUGUUCCGUACAAUUUUAAGAAUACCACUAUUGGAAAAGGAAGACAGAAUCAACCUGAUGAAGAGCAUAUUGGAAAAAAAGUUAAAAGUCUCCGAUGAGAUUGACUGGGAUGCUUGUGGUACUAAAACAGAAGGCUGGGUGAUCCAGGACCUGGUGGACGUGGCCGAGAAGGCUGCAUUCGCGGCAUGGAAACGUCACGUGAAGGGUAAGCUGGGACCUCCACCGGUGAAGCUUCUCGAAGAAGAUCUUACGACGAGUUUGACAAACUCCAAGCCGAUGGCUUUGCACGGAGUUAAUCUCUACAAAGGCGAAGGACAUUCCUGGUCCGAUAUAGGUGGUUUAUCGGAUGCUAAACGCUCUUUGAUCGAACUACUUCAAUGGCCCUUGAAGUAUCCGCAGAUCUUCAAAAACGCACCGAUCAAACAGCAGAGCGGUGUUCUUCUUUAUGGCAUGCCAGGAACUGGGAAGACCAUGCUUGCAAGCGCCAUUGCGAAGGAGUGCGGCUUGAACCUAAUCAGUGUCAAGGGUCCUGAACUGUUGUCUAAGUACAUAGGCGCUAGUGAGGAGUCUGUAAGAAAUAUUUUUGAGAAAGCAGAACGCGCCAAGCCAUGCGUCCUCUUCUUCGACGAAUUCGACAGUCUAGCUCCAAGACGAGGCCACGAUAGCACAGGUGUGACGGACCGUGUAGUAAAUCAAUUACUGACUCAACUGGAUGGAGUGGAAGGUAGAGAAGGAGUUGCAGUGGUAGCAGCCUCCUCAAGACCAGAUCUCUUGGACCCUGCACUUUUGAGACCAGGUCGUCUGGACAAAUCUCUUCUAUGCUCCUUACCCACUGAGUCCGAACGUGAAGAAAUACUAAUUGCCUUGUGCAAGGCGCAAGGGGUGCAAGUCCAGGACCUUCAGACAAAGGAACUUGCAGAAUUGUCCGAGGGUUUCACGGGUGCAGAUUUAAACGCUGCCAUUAAUCAGGCAAGAUUAUCAGCAAUCGAGGAAGCCCUGGCGACUGGACAAACCGACCUGGAGGGUGUUAAUCUUACUCAGAAGGACCUGGUGGAAUCCCUCAGAACGACCCAUCCGUCGUUGUCUGCCUCCGAGAAGAACAAGUAUACCAGAAUAUAUGCAAGGUUCAGUCAAGGGGACAGCGUUGCCGAGGACUUGACCAAAAACCAGAGAGCCACUUUGGCGUAAAGGCACGUCGAGGAGUAUGGGGAUGACUGGAGGGAUAACAACGUGGAAUACUGGAUGUACAUACACGGUGUUCCUAAUUGGGAAGCUAGUAUCGAAUAGGAGCUAAGCGUCAUUAUAACUAAGCAUAAUCCGUGCGCCGACAGUUUACACUUGGUUUCUCGUGGAAACUUGGAGCGUUAACAAGGAUGGCAGGUCGGGUUCCUCCAGAGCGGCAUAAACUUUUCGUAUUAAUAAUCGGUAUAAUAAUUAGUAUUUUCACGCGCGACUUAGCAGGAAGGAUGCCGGCGCUCGCGCGAGAGAGGCAACUUGGCUGAUCUUGAUUUUAAGUUCUGCCAUAAGGAGGGCAUAUUUCAACGGCGCUAAUGUCUCGCCAGAUAAACUACAAUAUUAGCUGACUUCGCUAUGACUUAAUUUAACUUCGCCUGGAGCGACAUCCGGUUCCCUUUCGGGAGACUCCUAGCCAAUCGUAGCCUAAGUCACCUAUCUAAUACAAACUAUGUAAUACGUAGCCUCUAUGAAAUAAUACAUAUGAAACGAUCGACCAAUGGGCACAUUGGAUUCUACUGGUACCUCUAGCAAGAUCAGGAAGAGACUCCAUGGUCUUCCUUUACUCAAUGUUCAAAGGUGACACGAACCUUUUUUUUUCCUGGGACGCAAACGAAAUCUUUUUAUAAAGUGUAUAAUCCUAUUUACCCUCGUGGAGACUUUUAAAGACGCUCAAUUAUUCUGGAAGUAUUAGGCGACAUUCAAGCCUUGAGAAAUCAUGCCGACAUUGUCGCACUCCUCGUCCUCGAGGAAUGCAGGGGUUAAAGGGGAGCAGAAGGGGGAAACGAGAUGAGGAUGUAUAGAGGAAAAAUGGAGAAGAGCAUAAGAAAGGCAGAAGAGGCAAAGCAUAGAAUUCGGCAUUGCUCUCGAGGAGUGUGAAGUGAAUCGCGAGUCAACUUGACUGUAAUCCGAUUAACUUGGCAAGAAACGGUAAUCAGGGAUAAAAAUGCGCCGACUAGCGGUAUUUACGCUAACUAAUGUCCUUCAACCCGCUAACCGAGUUAGCCGUGGGUUUUCGCGCGGCAGUUUGUUAGUCGGAUAAUUGGCCAUUUUUAUGCUAAAGACGUUCGCAUGAACACGAACGAAGAACGUCAUAGACGUCGCCGUCGACGCCUCCUUGUCUCCCAGCCGUCUACACGUGCGCACUAGCAUCCUGGUUACUACAAGAUAACGCCACAUUUACGCUACGCCACGGGAGUAAGACGAUUAUUAAAUGUCGGAAAUGUAUUUCACGCUAACCGAAAUAUUACCCAACCCUAACCUCUCUUCAUUCUCUUCAGCCCUCGAGAACUACCUAAAAUCAUCCCUUCCGUAGUCUCCGUGUUUUUUCUUCUGCCAUGGACAAAUACUACCCCACUAGGGGUUAUGCGUAUUGGUGUGUGAUUGAAAUGACAAAAAAAUAAAGACAUGUAUAAUAUACAGAA